AUGGUGGAUAAGCAGGCUCUGAGCGUGCCUGCGUAUGGCGGCCCAACCUCACCGGCGAUGAACACCUGGCGCUUUAGGGGUCUCGUCGCUGCUGGCCGGCGACCGAUUGACCCCACGGCAGCAACCCGCCGGGCGUUCAUCCCUUUCUGUCAAUGCAUGGAUCCAAAGGAAUCGAAGCUUCCAACUUCUGCUCCUCGAACUCUCGCCUCUGCAUUGCUCGGCCAAACCAUCGUUCUCGCCAUCAUUGCCGCCAUCGCCAGCCUGAGCUCGGCGCAUCCUUUUGCCUGGAGACGACAGCAAACAGCUCUGCCGCCACCGCCGCUUCUGGUGGACUGCACCAUAGCUGCCCACCCCGCCAUCUAG